AUGGCCUCUUUGAACUGUGUUAUCCUUGCUUUACUUGUUGCUUUGUCAUUUUCAAGCAUCAAUGAUGCUAUAGCAGCUUGCCAUCUUCAGCAAAUGCCGCCUCUGCCUUCACUGCCAAAUUUGCCAAACCCUACUGUGCCAUCCUUGCCUAAGCCAACAUUAUCGCCAUUGCCUUCUUUGCUAACAUUGCCACAACCCACAUUACCAACUUUUCCAACCACUCAACCAUCAUUGCCUAAGCCCACAUUGCCACCACUUCCUAGCCCGCCAAUCAUGCCUACUGUCCCCAAGGUCUCCUUGCACCCGCUGCCAGGCAUGCCUUCCAUCCCCACAAUCCCUACUACAAUUCCCCUUAUCCCAUUCCUCUCCCCACCACCUGGAAACUAG